CUUUGAACCCCCGCCUCCUCCUCCCGCGGUACAGAAAUAGAAAGGUUUGGGUACUUCUAGUAGUGAGCGUGAGGACACAUCAGCAAAAUACAUCGGUCACAGUUUUAACCAGGCUCCGAGUGGUUAUCAAUAAACCGGGAGCAAUCUUCACUCUGCUCGGCAGCAUCAGUCUGAGACCCAGGAGAGGAUAUUGCACAGCGCUGCACUAGUUUGUAAAUAAUACAAGUUAAGACAGAUUUCCGGGAAGUAUUAUCCUUCCAAUAAUACGUUUUGUCAGUCAAAGAGGUAACUUAACACUUUCAAAGCGUAAGAUUUUUUGAGGGAAUGGCAUUGGACUUCGCUGCAGGCUGCAUAGGAGGUGCUGCUGGUGUUUUGGUCGGACAUCCAUUUGACACAGUGAAGGUGAGACUUCAAGUUCAAAAUGUGGACAGACCCCUGUACCGGGGGACAUAUCACUGCUUCCAGUCAAUCAUACGGCAGGAGUCGAUGACCGGUCUGUACAAAGGCAUCGGCUCUCCUAUGAUGGGCCUGACCUUCAUCAAUGCCAUAGUGUUUGGCGUCCAGGGCAACGCCAUGCGCAAGCUUGGCCGUGACACGCCUCUCAACCAGUUCCUGGCUGGAGCGUCAGCAGGAACCAUCCAGUGUGUCAUCUGCUGCCCCAUGGAGCUGGCCAAGACGCGCAUGCAGCUGCAAGGGACUGGAGAGAAGAAGUCUAAGAGGAAGCUGUACAAGAACUCCCUGGACUGCCUGGUGAGAAUAUACAAGAAGGAGGGGAUCCGAGGGAUAAACCGCGGCAUGGUGACCACCCUGAUGCGCGAGAUGCCCGGGUUCGGGGUGUACUUUCUCGCUUGGGACUCGUGGACCCGUUACCUGGGCUGUGAGCCGGAGGACCCUUACAUGAUCCCCAAGCUGUUGUUCGCCGGUGGAAUGUCUGGCAUCGCUUCCUGGAUCUCCACCUAUCCCGUGGAUGUGAUCAAGUCGCGUCUUCAGGCGGACGGGGUGGGCGGGGUCAACCAGUACAGUGGCAUUAUGGACUGUGUCCGACAGAGCUUAAAGAAGGAGGGGUGGAGGGUGUUCACACGCGGGCUCACGUCCACUUUGCUCCGCGCGUUCCCAGUCAAUGCUACCACAUUUGCCACUGUGACUCUAUUUCUGAUGUACAUGCGCGAGGGACAAGAGUGUAGCAUUGGGGACUCGGAGCAGCAGCAGCCUGUCCCGCUGCAGCCACAGACGCAGCAAACCAGCAUGUGAGCUUUACGUCAGUCCGCAGCAAGUGUGAUGACAGGAAGAUGAAAUACGAUUUUUAACGCAGGUCUAUGAUCUGUUAACCGGUGUCCAUAAUGAGAAAGGUAAACUGACCCUAGGUUAGGCCAUGGAGCUUUAGCCAAGUGACCACAUGUAUUAUUUAAAUAAUAUAUAUAUUAAGAUUAAUGCUGCACUUGUAAAUAUGGCAUGGUUUUUUUUACACUUUUUUGUUUUAAGUAAUUUAGGACUGUUACAUAAGUUACUUCAAAACUACAGUGGCUGAUACAGAUGUUUCUAAAGGUUAGAGUAAAAGAAGUACUGUCUUUAAUGCUGUGCGCUAGAGUAGCAACUGUUAGUGACUAAUUAAUUGGGGGGGAAUUUCAAGGCAAAAAUGGCAGAAAGUACUGUUUUCAGCCUCCAUGAUGUGGAUAUUUUUAGCUUUUUAUAUGAUAACAACCAAAAAAAGCUCUGGAAUGACAAAACAAGACAUUUAAAGACAUCACGUUUGACUUUGAGAAACUGAAUAGGGCAUCUCAUUAGAAAAAAAAUCAUCAGCAUUCAGUAAAUGUUUACUGUAUUUCUUGCUAAUUUCACUCAAGUAAAAUGUGUGUUUUUUUAAAAUACACAUGUAAAAUGUUUCUUGUUUCAUUAGAGCUAUCCAUAUUGUUCUCUCCCUGAUGUCCAGGUCAAGUCAUCCGCUAAAGUGUUAACGGUUACAAAGACAUACAAAUGUAGAAAUUGUUGUGUUCUUUUUUUGACUGUAGUUCAGCUUUCCUAUGAGAAGGCAUAGGAAUUAGGAUGAUUACAGGCUCAUUACAUUAUGAAAUAACACGGGGUAGAUACAAUAAAUCAUGAUUAAUGUUUUUAAAACACAAUCAUUGUGCUAAACCAAAUCUGAUGCAGUCUAUUUGCUCUGGACAUUGUAAAGUGUCCAAGGACAGCACCUUAUGGUAUAAUAUAAAAACGUAUUUUCUCCAUAAAUUCUCACUUUACAGUAGAUUGUAUAUUUCCCACUAAUGAAAGAUUAUUUUACCCUAAGAUGAUGGCUUAAUAAAAGUGGCUUUUUUAAAACCCACAAUGUAUUUUUAAACCUUGUGCUUCUGGUCGGUAGGUGGUAGAUACAAUAUUUAGAAGGCUCUACACUUUGCACUGUGUAGACAUUAGACCAUCUGAGUCACAAGUGGUAUUUUAGAAGUGAACUGGUCAUUUGUUAAAAGCCUACUGUUCAGCCAUAACGUGUAUUUAAAAAAAAUAUCGGAUCUUCUUUCAAAGACAAAACUAAACCAUUUACUAUUGAUAGCGUUGUCUUUAUAUCUGGCCUUUUAGUUUUGUCAGUAAUCUUUGGACAAACAAAGGCAGAAUUUCCACAAACUGUUGUGAAAUGAAGUGACAACAUAACGGUCUUAAUCAGACAUCUGGUUAGGGCCCCUUUGCGUUCCUCUCAAUGUUAACCUUCAGUCAUUAUAUAACAGUGUACACACAGGGCAGCGUGACCUCUGUACCCUGUUAACAGCUGCACCAUUUCACAAACAUUUUACAUUUAGCAGGUUUCAAAUGUAAACUCUAACACGUCUAACACUGAAACUGCAGCCCGGCACAAAUCCCACGUUUAUCUUUAUGUCUGCAGUACUAAACUACUGCUGCUGCUGCUGUAACUCGUCAAUGAGAGUUAGACUGACCUGAAACAGCUUGGGGGUGUCCAUACACAAAAUACUGUAUGUACUGUGAAUUUGGUGUUUUAAUAUCAUCCUUUAUACGUUUGAAAGUGUGAAAUAUAAGUCGGCUAAAUAUGUUUUCUUUAAUUAUAAUCUGUGUUUUUCUGUUUCUAGAUGUAUUUCUUGUUUGUCUGACCAGUGGAUGAUUUCUUUAUGAAAGGGAUGUUUUAUCUGUCUGAUGUUAAUGUAACUAUCUUGCCCCAAAGCAGACACAGCAAACACCUUGUAGCUCUUGAAUGGAGAAAUAAAGGUCAACAUUUUUUCUCAAUUUUUUUUGGAAAAACUGAUCUUUGUACAUCAUGUUAAAAUAAAAAACUAAAUAAAUAAA